AUGACUUCUUCGACCGCAGAUCAUCUUUACGAACGGGCAAAGCUGCGGAGGCUAAAUUUGGACCCGGCGCCUCAGCGGAGUGUGUUUGCUGCGAGGAGCUCAGGACUAAAGUUUGAUGUAAAAAAGGCAACUGCAUUGGCGAAGAGGUUUAAAAACUACUCUGCGGAGGCGUCGGAGAAAACGAUUUUAAUGCAGCUUGACACUGUGAGCUUUGGUAAGUUUCUCUCGGAGGCGGCCCAUGCCGUUGUGCAAUCGCUUUGUCAUGGUACAAAGAUGAAGCCGGCAGAUGCCCAUUCGUUUACGGUUGUCUGCUCCGAGGUACACCAGCGCUACGAGGAUUUUUGGGCUUUGGUCCGGAAGGAGUUGAAGGAGAACAUCGAGUCUGUUGUUGAUACGGGUUCGCUCAAGUUGGCUGUGGAGCGUAUUGAAGAAUAUGCAUCAACAACAACAACAACAACAGCAACAACUUUCAUUUCUGGGGAAGGAAACGUAUCCACAGGAACGACAGUGGUAUCUUCAGGGUUAUCUGCGCCCCCUUCUGCUGCGGCUAAGGGCGGUCUCACACCGUCAUUAAGCAAGUCGCCGGUGGAUGAAUUUAAUCGUCUACGUUUGGUCGCCAGGGUGUUUUGUGAGUGGUGGCUUGUGGGGCUUUUUGAUGAUGCCAAACCCCUGUUAAACCUAUUGAAGUUAUUGCAAAAACUUGCGGAGAGGAAUGCGGCAACGCCAAAUUCUCCUUUAGCCGUUGCCACGGUUUUUUCGAUCACAGCCCUUAUGAUACGUGAAGUAGGCAUUGAGAUACUUGGGAAGGGAAAUGCAGUGCUUUCAUCUCUCUUUACAGAAAAAAAGGGAGAUGAAAAUGGUCCAGAGAGGCUCCGUGAUCUUCUGGGCCAUUGUGGGGUUUUCACAAUCGACGAGAACAGUGAAGCGGGAAGGAAGACGCCAUUUUUGCUUGGUCCAGCAGGGGCUCGGUUGGCAUUCAACGCCACAACAAAGAAGGUGGGACCAGUGGAGAAUGCGGUGGCGCAUCAGGCUGAGGAGGUGAGCUGGGCGAGGUUGUGCGAGAUUCGCAAUGCUUCAGCAGAAAAUUACUGCAAUGAUGAAGAGAAACGACACUUUUUUGGGCUUGCAUUGGCUUCCACGAAGGCAUGCCUUCGAGCUUACAAACAACGUAAAGAGGAGAUUGAGAAGUGGUGGCAUUCUGUAAAUGAUCAGGCCGAAUUUCGGGGGAAAACCGCGCGCUUCAACAAUGAUGAAGCGCGGUUUCGUUUUUUUCAGGAACACGUGGAAAGAUUGUACGUGGUGUGCGAAAACUUGUUGGGGAUGCUGGGGUUUUCUCCUCCGUUACCUGUUGAUCUGUCCAUUGUUGAACAAAGGGAGGAGGUUGAGGCUGUGCGGAUUUCGGUAACCCGAAAAUUCCACCCCAUUGUAGGGGCAGAGACGCUGAACCGCUUUGGGGACGAUGAACAACGCAUAUUUUACGAAUACGUUCCAGAAAUUGAGACGUUGUUGGAUGAGGUUUUCUUGUCUUCGUUGACCGCCGAAAAGGCGAAAUGGGAGUUGUUUUCACGGCACAGUGUCAUUGGCGGUGCAAUUGCAUCGGGGACUGGAGCAACGACAUCAUCAGGGUUAUCUGCAAUAGGAUCUGGGGGAGUUGGCGCACCUGGCGGGGGCGAUGGAGGAGACAGCGAGGAGGACGAUAUGGACGUGGAAGCGGCGGCGAAUACCAUGGAGGAAGGCAAAGGUCAACACAACACGGAGACCGUUAAACUAAUGGAGCGUCGACGGCUUCGUUUGGCGAAAUUGGGCGUCCCUGCGGCGUUGUUUAAUGACUACGCGGAAGUAUUGAAGUUGCUUGAGGAACUUGGAGAGUGCACGACCGCAGUUGCGAUUGAUGAAUGGUGCGAACGCUUUGUUGGGGAGGCGAUUGUACCGCUGCGUAAUUCGUCGGAAAAUGUCGUUGGGGCUCGGCUGUUUUUUACAAACUGCCGAAUGCUGUUGACGCUGGAGCUGCGCCACUUUCUUCGCUUCCGCUACCCCGAGAAGCUUCCGUUCAUGGCCCGUUGUGCCGCGAUCUUUGAUCAGUACUUCCAUGAUGUUGGGAUUUAUUUGGGUGCCAGGCUGGAGGCUCAGUGGAGGCGCGAGUAUUCCACUUCCACAUCGAAAAGAGAGACGAGCACGUCUUGCAGCACACGGAGUGAUGAGUUCUUGCAGCGUCGUGUGGGGGCCACCGGACGUUACUUAUGUGAGUUGAUGAAGUUUGGCACUAUUCCACCGAGUCGGGUAUUAAACCUUUUGAAUAUUGCGGUGGAAGACUUGAAACAACCAUGCAGUGUUGCAACUAUCUGUGCCAUCAUUGAACACGGCGGUCUUUUUUUGGUUCGCAACCACGCAACACGUCGUGCGACGGAGAAGUUAAUACAGAAACUUAAGACGAACAUGAUGAACGAAGAAAUGAAAGCAGAAUGUUCCCAUAUGGUUACCGAGGCUUUUUCUUUCUUGCAACCGGCAACCCCUUCGCUUGUUGCAUUUCCCUCUCCUGCUCAAAAGGAAGAGUCCCCAUUAGAGAGGUACGUGCGGUCUCUGCUUCACGAGCGCUUGUGUCCGGAUGGGACCAAAUUUGUGCUGGACGGGCUGCUGAGGAUGCCAUGGGAUGACGUUGAGAAAAGGGAAAUGCUUAUUCGCGCUCUGCGUAGUGUACACCAGAUGAGUUUGGAUGUUGUCCCCCUUGUGGUGGACAUUUUAAAGGAACUUGCCCAUGCGGAUCAUGUCCAUGUGGUGCAGCGUAUUUUGUACGAGGUCGCGGAGGAUAUGCGGCGUGACUUGGAGGUUGGUGCCGCAACCCCGGAACUCGUCAGUGGCAGCUCAAGGAAAUCUAUGAUGAUCUCUGAGCCUUACACUACACAUCGCCCGUUGCAGUGGCGUCUGGCUGACUGUUUUUUCCUUGCCAACUUUUACCGUGUGCGCCUGGUGUCUUUUCGUUUUGUAUGCCACAUGUUGUUGAUGCUAUUGCUAUACUUUCCGUUUAUCACGACUCACUGCAACGACUACACUCGUCUGCGGUGUUUUGUUACCCUAUUUCGGGAGUGUAUCCCGUCUCUCCCUUGGAUUGUUAACUCACGCACGGGUGACUUCAACAGGCCAAGAUCUCGCACAUCACGAAGCGCGGAGCGAAUUGCCACUUUACAUCAGCUACUUCGGAAGCUUGUGGCACAGUUAUAUCUUUACCGAUUUAGUCUUGCGGAACCACUGCCGUUGCAACUACAAGUUUGCCUAGAGGAGCUCUUGCAUCUCCUUAGAGACAACAUAGGUCGUGACGAGAGAUACCGAGAGACAUGGAACAAGCUCCAAGAGAAGCUAAAAGCUCGUGAGAAGGGGUCUCAGAAAGAAGCAGAAGAUACUUCAAAAAACAAGAACUCUCAAUUGGGGAUAAAAUCAUCGCAAAAGUUGGUACUCCCAGAGACGCUGGAAGAAGCCCAUGCGUACGCGAAGUCCGUGGCGGAAGAAACUGUGCUUCCAGCCAAUGCAUGGUAUGAAAAGGUCUAUGAGGCUAUUAAAGGCUCUCAAAAUGACGAGCCACUUUUUCGCAUUUUUGCUGUGGAAAACCAAAAGGAGCUAUCUCUGUGCACGUCGGAAGUUGUCCAUGCUGAAGGCGCGGAUGCAGAGAACUCAAGGCAUGCGUCAUUGGAUCUUUUGCCAGAAGAUAUGGAGCAGGGUGAUGAGGUUUCCACCGACCGUAGCAGUGACGCGUAUGAGGAUGAAAAUUCCAUGGUUCGAGGCAUGACCAGAGGUAGCUGCAGCAGUGUCGGGAGCAUUAGCGGCUCUGAGAGUCUCAGUGACAGCGAUAAUGUUGACACGUCAGUCGCUCUUUCUGCUACCGUAUCGGAUACAACUUCCACAGGCGAGGAUGAGGAAGGGGAGGAAGAUGAAGAUGAGGAGGAUGAGGAAGAAAGUGAGGAGGAAGAUGAAGAUGAGGAGGAUGAGGAAGAAAGUGAGGAGGAAGAGGAAGAGGAAGAGGAGGAAGAGGAGGAAGAAGAAGACGGUAGGUUUGCUGCGGCAGAAGCGCUGCGAAUUCGGCUUGAGGAGGCUGAUCUUGACGCCCAGUUGCGUGCUCUCAUGUCGGAAAACCCGCGAGAAACAACGGGCCAUGCAGCCAGUGCUGCGGUUGCGAGGGGUACGUCCGUGGAGCGUCUCAUGGAGCAGGAUUUGGUGAUGGGUAUACGAAUGCACCGCCAGCACCAGCGUCAGUGCGCAAAAAAUACUUUUUUAUUACCCACAGCUGAAACAGCGAAAGAAGAUACAGUGGAGGAGGUGCGUUUUACGCUUCUGCGGCGCCCUCCCCCUAACACAUCGGCUGCUGGGAAGACGGGGACCGCGGGUGUAGCCGCUUCUACUUCUUCUGCCAAUACGGCUGUCGCGUCAGCCAACGUGGUGAAGAAAAGUGAUUUUGCUGUGCUUAGCAUUCCCCGCGGUGCGAAAUUUGCCCAGAAUGCCAUGAUGUCGCAGGAGCGUCAUCGACAGCAGCAAGAAGAGCUGCGAGAAAUCACUCGGCGUAUCAAUCAUAUGCAUGAGGUUGAGAGAAGCGUUCACGCUGCGAUGCCAAAAGAGUCAAAGUAA